GGCACGAUUUCCUGACUGAACAAACCAGGCUAAUACUUAUAUAGAGCAAGUGCUGACUGUCCUAGAGACGGAUGGACCAGAGAGGAUGACAACCUGGGCGGAUUGAUCCUUCCCCAGCCUCCCAGCGCGACGCCAGCAAGAGGCUGAAAGGAAACCCAGCGUUCUGCAGAGAAGUACCUUUUCUUCCCGGCCCUCACAUCGGCAGCGGAUCCCAGGGGCCCGGACGAUGGAGCCAGGCUUGUUGAUGUGGGGAUUCUUCGUAUUCAUCGUCGUACCUGGCUGCGUGACAGAUGCUUGUCUUGAAGACCCACCGAGUCUCAGAAACGCCAUGUUCAAGGUCCUCAGGUAUGAGGUGGGCACCAUGAUAAACUGCGACUGCAAGAAAGGCUUCCGCAGAAGGUCGCCCUUCAUGCGCUGCACAGGAAACUCCAGCCACUCUGCCUGGGAAAACAGAUGCCACUGCGACAGCACCUCCUCCCCUAAGACUCCAGGAAAACAAGUUACUCCUGGACUCAAAGAACAGAAUGAAGAAACGACCACAGAAAUGCAGAGCCAAAUGCAGCCCACAGGCCAAGCUAACCUUCCAGGUCACUGCAAGGAGCCUCCACCAUGGGAAUAUGAACGUGAACCUUUGAAGAGAAUUUACCAUUUCACGGCGGGGCAGACAGUUUACUACCAGUGCAUUCAGGGAUUCAGGCCCCUACGGGGAGGCCCUACCAAGAGCACCUGCAAGAUGAUCUAUGGGAACAUGAGGUGGACCCAGCCCAAGCUUGAGUGCAUAAGUGAAGGGGAGAACAGUCAGUUUCCAGGUAAUGAAGAGCCUCAGGAGAGCACGGAUGCUCCCCCUGGCAGUGAAACUGAUUUUCCCUUAACAACGAGGAUGGCAGGUACCACAGAUUUCCAAACACCCACAGAAGUGGCCGCGACCAUGGAUACAUUCAUAUUUACAACCGAGUAUCAGAUCGCAGUGGCCGGCUGCAUCCUGCUGCUCAUCAGCAUCUUCCUCCUGACUGGCCUCACCUGGCAGCAGAAAUGGAAGAAGAAUAGAAGGACAAUCUAGAAAACCAAGGGCAAGAAGAACCCGCAGAUGUCAUGGACCACCAUCAAAAUCAAGGCAGCUGAACACUCAUCCAAGAGGCAUCUCCUGAUCCCAUGGGUUCUGGAAAGCUCUGAAGUCACAUCACAGGACACCAGGCACCUGCAACCCCAUCGUGAAGCCAGCUCUGUAGUAUCAACGAGCGAGCUUGACCUGCACGUAGGCAGCAAGUCCAAGGUCACUGGAGGAACAGGGAGGAAAAACCAGAACUCUUGGUCCCAUUUUCAUGUGUAUGUGUUCAUUAAAGCAUGACCGGCAUGGAACUCUCUCCAUGCCAUGUAUAAUACAAAGAAGAGUAGCUUCAUGCUAAGUUCAUCCCAACUUCCCAGUUUAGAAAUCCCAAGGAAAACCCUAGCACUAAUGUAAAUAGACACACACGCUCUCUACCCUAUGUAACUGGACCUUGUUCCUCGGUCCACGUAGGUCUUUUCCCAGCCUCUGGUUGACUAGCCCAUUCUCCUGAUCACAUCCUUUAAUGAAUGCCCCCUAAGAACUCUGGACUGGUAACUAGGAAUGCUUUGGACCUUAGCUCAGUGCUCUAAACUAGCCCCCCUCCACUGAACCUUCAAUUCUGAGUUUCUAAAGAACAGAGUCCAUGGGGGAAUAGUCUUUGGGUAAUACCAAAAGAGGACAACCAAGCCCUUGGAACUGUGGAGCUUCAAUAUUUGAAAAGAUUUCACUGGAGUUAAUGUCAGGAGAAGGGAGAUAAGCUAGAUCCUAGGUAAUGGAUUAUUCCGGUCAAAAAGCUUCAGCUGUACAUGACUAAUGGGCCACUUCAAGAGUUAGUUUCUCUUGGAUUGCUAUAAAUGAUACUCUGUGUUUGGCCAGCACGAAUUUGAUGUUUACAGACAGACACACAAUGUGCAAAUGUGUACAUUUUCAAAGAAGUGUCAUAAAAACACUGAUACGGGAGCAAUACGUUCAAUGUUUAUGGAAGGAAAGA